CUUGUAGGGAUGUGAAGGGGGAAAACGAGAAGAACAGCGAGAAAUCCAGAAUCCUGAGCUCAGAUUCCAACCCCAGCCUGGCUUCGACGUCUUGGUUGGAGAAUGCCAUUUCACUUCAAGAUUCGCCAAAUAGGUGCCGUUGUUCUCGUUCAGAUAUAAAGAACAAGCCUUUCAGAUUUCGUUACCUUCUCCCAUGAAGCUCAAAACUGCACGCACAAAGUCCUCAGCCGUGCAGGAUGAGUACCAACCGUUUCUCUCUCAGCCGACGCUCUACAUUCCAAAUCCACCCCCAACCGUCAAGUUAGAACAUAUCGCAUCAGCCCUAACCGGCUACGGAACCUCAAUCCACUCCAUAUUUCUUAUCACUGUUAAACAGCGUCCGAGACUGGGUAAGUUCUCCGGACGGUGUAUGAGGAGAAAAUGGGUCAGGCUGGAAUUCGCCUCUAUUGAGAUGGCAGAGCAAGCCUAUGUAACUCUCCACCGUCGUCCUAUCCCAAGUGUUACUCCACAAGUCUUGUUGAAUUUUCGUUUUACGCCAUAUUUCCCUUCUGUGUCCUCGAAUCUCAUGACAGCGCUUCCAACCACGUCGUUAACAAACACAACGUCAGCUUUGCAAUCCAAAGCAGUCGAGCAGACCCGUAAAGGCACACGCCAUAGAUCCGGGAAAUCGAACGCGCAGACGAGCAAUGUCAAUCAGAACCAAAGAGGGGAGCUUCCGCCCCCGAAUUCUUCACAGAACAACACCUUUAUGGUGCCGAACACAUGCUGCACUACUCAUGCACCAAAUGGAUGUACGAGAUUUUCGGAAGCUAUCGAAUUGGAUGUCAAUGAUUCUGGUCAAGAGGAAGUCGAAGACUACAAUUCUGAACGAGUCCUCUAUCCGAUAGACGAGGAAACGGAAGAAGGUGACCUUCAGGGCAAGUUCAUGAAUGCUUAUUCCGAUGGGGGUUCUUUCAUCCAGAUGCUACAUAAACUCGACUCUUUCGAUGACGCUUGGCACGAGAUUGACACUGCGAACACCACCGCUGAACCAGACCCUCCCGUUCCCCUGAAAUCGGAUCUUUCCUCACCCGCCAGGUCUCUUAAACGAACUCAUUCUAACAUCUCUUGCAUUCCCAGAGAAGCUGUGCCGCUUUAUUUACCCCAGGAAGAUGAUGCCCUACCCGAACAACAUUACUCCAUCCCUUCCAAGUCUAACGACGCCCAGAUCAACGCUACCUCUCUGUCUGAAUCUCUAAGCCUUAUCGACUCCCAAACCACCACAAUCAACGCCCUCAGAAAAAAUAUAUACGACCUUUUCAAAGCAGCCGACAGCCAGACCCUCAUCAUCGAGCGCCUGCGUAAACUCAUUCGCCAAUUAGAAUGGGACAAAUCUGACUUACUGGGGAUGCUGGAAUGCACAAAGGAGACCGGCGUCAAGCAACUCAAGCUGUUGCAGGUUCAACUUGAGGAAAUAGGGUCACGGAUGGAGCUCAUAGAAGCUAGACUGGAGCUCGCAGAGACCAAGUGUCGGCUUUUCGAAGUGAACGGUGGCGGACUCGGAGCUGGCGUCAGCCAAAGAGAAAAGACAUUGUUAGAAGAUGAUACAGAGCGUCGGAAGCUGUCGGAACUAGAAGAAUCUUGUCGGCGCCUGGCUUCCAUGAUCGCGCACGAUGCCCAUCGGAAACAUCUUGAUGUUCGAAGGGAUCGGGUUCAUGCAAGGGAAAGGCUAAUCAGUGAACAAGCUAGACGACUACGUGAGCAAGAAGAACGAAAUCAGAUAUUGAUGAAAGAAGAUCUUGCCAGGAAGGUUCUUGAGAUGGAGGACCGACAGCGGCGCGAGAAGGACCGUCGACGGAGGUUACGGAGGGAGCAAGCUGAAAGCAAGGAGAGGAAACGGUGCCGUGAACGAGACUUCCAAUUGUGGGGUACUGGCGAGUGGACUGAUUUGCGCGCUCUGGAGAGAUUCAAAGUCCUUUUGGCAGAAUUUGAGUCAGUGGCCUUUACAGAGGAUCAACCGCUCACGAUGGGAGUUAUCCCUUGGCCAAUUCUGACAGAUCCUUUUGAAAUGGACACCGAAGACCCUGGGAAGACUUUAGAAGAGCUUGAGUGGGGCAUGGUCGAGGUGUUCUUCAAGGAAGUGAGCAGGUUUGUUGGGGUUCGAGAAUACCGGAGUUUACUCGAACGAACGAAUAUGGCAUUCCAUCCCGACAGAUGGAAGGCCAGACGAAUGCUCGAUACGGUUGUGGACGAUGAAGUCAGAGGUUGGCUCGAAGCAAAAGGGAUCAUGGUGGCUCAAGCGGUGACACCGUUAUGGAGGGAGUCAAAGCAAAACAAAAUGUAG